UCAGGCAGCAAAUUGAGAAGAGAGAGAAAGAGAGAGAGGCACGAAAUAUGUAACCCGAGCCCCUCCAUUCUCAUCCUCCCCUUUCUCAUCAUCCGGAAGACCUGGAAACAGCAAGCGGGAGGGUGAAACUUGCAGCGGACGGCGAUUCUCACAGAACCCGACAGGCAGAACAAAGUGAAAGAGUGAAGUUGAGUUGAUUUACAGAGGAGGUGGGUUGAAUUGAGUGAGCGCGAGCUGGAGGGAGGAUCCGGACUCGCAGCUUUCCACUCACUGCCAGUGUUUGUGCACCCCUCUUAUUUCCAGUUGUUCCCCCGUACCCACCCUUCCCCACCCCCCCACACACUUUCCCGUGACUGUGAAGAGGAGGUUGAUAGAGAUAAGCUGAUCCAAACCGAUGCUGAGCAUGUCUGCCUACAGGCUGCCUCUAACUUGCCGCCGCUGUGAUGGGCUGGGGAGCUCGGCUUUGCUGGGCACAUUCUCCCUGGCACUGCUCCUGGCCUCGGCUCUGAGUGCGGGCUCUUGCCCUAGCUCCUGCGAGUGCUCGGAGCCGGCCAAGACGGUGAAGUGUGUGAACCGGGAGCUGAGCAGCAUCCCCAGCGGGAUCCCGGCCAGCGUGAGGACCCUCUUCAUCACCGGCAACAACAUCUCGAGCCUGGACAGCGGCGCCUUCGGCAAGUCCCUGCAGCAACUGGUCAGCCUGAGCCUGAGCGGCAACAGGAUCCGGGCUGUGAACUCGCUGGUCUUCGCCUCCAUGCCCAACCUGCAGCAGCUGGACCUCAGCAACAACCGCAUCUGGUGGCUGCAGCCGACGGCUUUCGGCUCUGCCCCCGUCAGCCUGCGGGAGCUCAACCUGAGCCGGGCUCUGCUGAACGGCUCGGUGGUGGAGCAGCUCUCCGAGUUCCUGCAGAACGGCAGCCUGCCCAACCUGCGGAGGCUGCAACUGGCUGAAAACGACCUGUUCUACCUGCCGGCCCGCACCUUCUCGCGCCUGCCCAGCUUGCAGCACCUGGAGCUCCGGAACAACUCGAUCGUGGAGCUGAAGGAGACCUUCAGGAACCUGAACCUCCAGACGCUGGACCUGAGCUCGAAUGCGCUCAAGAGACUGGGGAACAGCACCCUGAGCGAGCUGAACUCCCAGCCCAACAUCAGGGUCCAACUCCGGGACAACCCGUUCGUCUGCGAUUGCGGCAUCGAGGAGCUGCUGACGUGGCUGCAGAACACCCACAAAGUGCUGGACAGGGAGAGCCUCCUGUGCGCCUCGCCAGAAAGCCUGAGGGAUAAACCCAUCCUGCAGCUGAAACCCUCCGACCUGAAGUGUUCCGUCCAGGGAGACAUGGAGAGCGUGCUGCAAACUUCUUACGUCUUCCUCGGGAUCGUCCUGGCCCUGAUCGGGGUGAUCUUCAUGUUUGUCCUGUACCUAAACAGAAAAGGCAUCAAAAAGUGGCUUUAUAAUGUCAGGGAUGCUUGUCGAGACCAUAUGGAAGGCUAUCAUUACAGAUACGAGAUUAAUUCGGACCCCAGAUUGACAAACCUUAGCUCGAAUUCGGAUGCGUAAAAGAAAGUUGACUUGUUUGAGACUUAAAGACGGUCCGCUUGGAUUUUAUUUUACUAUUCAUUCUUUGUAAUAGCUAUGCAUGAUGACCCAUCCACUCGGACCAACGGGCUUAACGCUGCUUGUGUCACUCUCCUGACAGCGGAUAUCCAACAGUGACAGAAAGGUUUGACUCUCAGUGGGAAGUGCACCAUGUGCAAUGGUGUGUGUGUGUGUGAGAGAGAGAGAGAGAUCUUCCUUUGCCCCUUUUCAUGACCCACUGUGUGAUGGUGCCAAAAUAGAGAGCGCGUUUGGAAAAGAUCGCAGCUCUCUCUCCAAGCCUUGCUGCAAUAAUAGAGUACUUCAGAAAACUCACUGGGGAUUUAAAGCCCUCCAGUGUAUUAUAGUGGGGAGAGCAGAUUAAUUGCUACAGUAACCGUUUUACCAUUUCAUAAGCUGAAGCAAAACAAAAUAACGAUCCAAGCAAUACAACAAAUGCUGUAGCGAAACAGUUUUUAAACGUGGGGCUUCUUCACCGGCUCGAAGUUUUAUUAUCGGUCCCCAGGCGGUGCAGCAACACAAAGCAACCCGCUGGUUUAAUGCAUUCUUUUCAGUUCCAGUGACUUCAAUCACUCCUAGUCACUGAGUGAAAAAGGCGCUUAUAACCGUAAUGGUAUUUUAAUGCUAGCUUAAUGGGGGUUUUAUUUUUGUAAAUAAGUCUACCUAUCUUCCACGAAUUUAGCAAGGUAAAGUGACAAAUGAAGUCAGUCGUUUAAUUUUUCCUCCUUAUCUGUUGGUCUCACGAGUUCUAUUGGGUAAUGAGGAGUAUAUUGGAAUGAAAGCUGGUCGUCAGCCUGUCUGCCUCUGUGAAACUCUGGGGUUUGGAAACAUCUGGAUCCACAAAGAUCAAGGAUUCUCUCCAGCCCCCCACCCCGCCGCUUUUAUUUAAAAGAAUGGAAGACUGCACGGAGAGUUCCUCUAUUGAUGUUGCCCACAGGCCUCCCGCCGAGUGUCACAACAUCUAAGGAGUUGUGAAGUGCUGCCUGACAACUGAUUAUUUCCCGGGUGCACAUGCGGGUAGGAACAGCAACAUCACAUUCGUGCUGAGCCUCAGUUUCUAUGGAUUUUUUUAAAGGUGGUCUUUGCAAGUCCAUCGUUUCGUAAUAUUUAAAAACUCCUAGCUGGUAUGAACUUAAUUUCUCGACUAAAACAAAUAAGAAGGCUAUCGUAAAGAAUAUUAGUCCAUCAAAUUUGAAAAUUUGCAUUGAAGGAAUGUAAUUGCUGCAGGCACGCAUGCACACACAGACAACACCGUGCAAAGUGGAACUGUAAAUACCAAUUGUUGUACUGGAAAACCCUGCAUUAUUUAGCAAAUUAGUCAGUUAGAUUCCCCAAUCCUAUAAUAAAAUUUAAUAACAUUUGAAUGCGUAGCACCACUUGAUAUAAUGCAUGAGUGUUCUGGUGCAUUUAGGGAGGGGUUGCACUGGGGUUAUGCUAGAAAAUUGCUAGCCAGAGAAUGAAUCCAGCUCAUUUGACAUUUGUUCAGCUCCUCAGCAUGAAUGAGCCUUGCGGCCACAACAGCAUGGGACUUUAACGUGUAGACACUUAUCUGCCUUUCAUGUACAGUGAUUUUCAUCAGAACAUAAUAGGUAACAGAAGCAUUUCACUUUCUGUAGUCGUUUUCCCUUGCAAUGCAGAUGCAUGUCAGAUGUGAGGCAUUCGCACUUGAGAACAUCUUAUCUUGGUGUUUGUGUUGUGGAAAAGUUCGAAAAUUUCUCUUUCUCUAAUGUAGUUAUUAAUAGAGGAAUAACUUUACACAACAUACUAUGGAAGGUUUGAUGGAGUGACUUGAUAGAACAAAAUAGAAAAGUGAAAUAACGCAGAGCUAAUGUUUAUAACCUCCUCCAAAUUUAUUAUUACACAUCAAUUUAAUUCAUUUGAAUGUUUUAUCAAUAAUUUGGCAGAUGACUUGGUAACAGGCUUGUACACAUUGGCAUCUAGGCACAUAGCAUUUGAAAAACAUCCUGAAGGAGGACUGCUAGCUUUCAGCAAUACUAGGAAACAAAUGGUGUGAUCACAAAAACACUCCUGGCUGCAGAAUUUGCACAGCCUGAUGUUUCCGAGAAACUAGAUUGCAGACACUACCUAAAACCUAACUUUGCAUUUGUUACCUUGGAGGGAGAAGAAAUCGGACAAGUCUAACAAGUUAAAUAUAGCAAGAGUUCACUCGCAAGAUCCUGUCUAAUAUGUUGGUGGAAACCUCCUUAAGCCCUUACUAUUUGCAUAUAUUUGUAACAAAAUACGACCUAAAAUCAUGACUGCUAGAAAUCAGCUCAUCUAUUUUACGUUCACAGGCAUUUGCCUUUUUAGUAGUUCCAAAAUCUACUUGAAACGUAUGUUUUUAACCAAUGUUGACCACUUGAAUUUCUGAAGCACAGUGGGAAACAUACAUUUCCACAGUUCAAUGAACCAAUUUUAUCCAAAUCUAUUCUUUGAAAAUUAUACAUUUAUAUAAAAUUAGUUAUGAAACCAAACUCAGGCAUGAAUUAGGUGUCUAUAUAUAUUUUAAAGUGCAAGGUGGCAGCGCGUGUCUUGUACUUCAAACAAAAAAUGAGACUUUUUGCCUGAUCACUUGUAACGGUAUAAAGAAGGUAGAAUGGUCCCUUCCUAAACUAUUGUUCUUAUUGAGUUUCUAUUUUUCAAUGUUACUUUUCUUGGUGCCAGGUGCUAUUAAUUCCUUUGAUUGUCAUUUUCUAAAAUUUUUCUCAUUUGCACUCUGAUCAUUUUCUCCAAAGAAUGAUACACAGGUAUGAUAUUUUAUUGACUGAACAAAAAAAAAGCACAGAUAGAAAUCUAGGUUAAUGCCAUCUGGAGUGCAUUUUGUUCUGCUCUAUAUAUAGGUUUGCACCAGUGAAGUGAUGGUGAGAAAUGUGCUGAAUACAGCUUUUUGCCAUGUCACAUACUCAACUAAUGCCAUCGGUCUUGUGAAUACUGGAGACAUAAAUAAGGCCAUGAUGGGGAGG